CUUUAAUAGUCGUACAUUAUUAUAAUGGCAACACCCUGAAUUGUCAGUUUUGCAUUGUGUUUUGCGAGAGGUAACGAUUUUCAUUCGAUAAAAAAAUAAUCUAAUAUCAUAAAGGUGAAUAAAAACUAUUCAAAAUGAAUACCCUGGACAAACAGUUGGCAGACUUACGGAUCUACGCGAACGAACUAGACGCAAAGCUGCAAGACGACAUAAACGCUGCCAAAAUGAAACCUUCGAUUCCACCCAAAAAAAACAAGGUGCCGCAGCCGCAAAUACCUCAGAGUUGUAUGGUGAAGUCGGCCUGCGAGCCUUCCUACUCAUCGAGACUAGAGUAUGGGAGCCGUACAAGCUCAACCUACUCCAAUCUAGUGCCCGUAAAGAGUUGUAUCGUAAGGAACACAGCACGAGUGAAGAGCGGCGAUGUGUUCCUAUACAGCAAUUUGUUGCCACCGGGUGGGACUAAUCACGUCUACUCAAACAUCCCCAUGCAGCGGAACCCUGAAAGCAUAUACGGCGACAGAGACGCGAGGUCUGAGGUUUCUAGAAUAAGCGAUGUUGGUGCACAGUCGAACUAUAGUGAGCUACGUCGCCCCGGUUCUGCUUACCCUCCUUCCUCGGCUUCAGUUAAUGCACAAGAUUUUUCCACGUAUGGCGGCUCACAAACAUCCUCAACAUAUGAGUCUCUAUAUGAACCUAUAAAUCCUAGGCCGUGUAGUCAGUUGUCUGGGACUUCCUUAUAUGGUGGUUAUGUUGGGACUGCACCAGAGCCAAUACCGGAGCCGGACGAUGAGUUGUACUGUGGCAACUGCUUCCGGUGCGGAGGCAAGAUCAUGGGAGAGACUACCGGGUGCACAGCCAUGGAGAGGAUAUAUCACAUAAAAUGCUUCUGCUGUCAUCAGUGUGGUAUUAAUUUACAGGGCCGACCAUUCUACGCAGUCCAGGGCAAGGCCCUCUGCGAGCGCGACUACCUGGCCACACUAGAGAAGUGCUGCGUCUGCGGUGACCCUAUCCUCGACCGCAUGCUCCGGGCCACGGGCAAGCCCUACCACCCACGAUGCUUUACUUGUGUGGCGUGCCAUAAGAGCUUGGACGGUAUACCCUUCACAGUGGACGCUGUUAACCGCAUACAUUGUAUAGAGGACUUUCAUAAACGGUACGCGCCCCGCUGCGCGCGUUGCCGCGAGCCGAUCGUGCCCGAAGGCGGUGCCGAAGAGACCGUCCGCAUCGUCGCGCUAGACAAGAGCUUUCAUAUCGCCUGCUACUCGUGCGAAGACUGCGGGUCUUCACUGUGCUCGAGACAAGAAGGUAGAGGCUGCUACCCGCUUGAUGACCAUCUGUACUGUCGAGAGUGCAAUGCGAAGCGUAUACAGGACCUGUCACGGAAUAUCAACUAGUGCGCUUCUUGAAUAGACCUGUUGCCAAUAUAGCAGCUUUAUAGAAGAGCUUCCAUAUCGCCUGCUACUUGUGUGAAGACUGCGGGUCUUCACUGUGCUCGAGACAAGAAGGUAGAGGCUGCUACCCGCUUGAUGACCAUCUGUACUGUCGAGAGUGCAAUGCGAAGCGUAUACAGGACCUGUCACGGAAUAUCAACUAGUGCGCUUCUUGAAUAGACCUGUUGCCAAUAUAGCAGCUUUAGAGAAGAGCUUCCAUAUCGCCUGCUAUUCGUGUGAAGACUGCGGGUCUUGACUGUGCUCUAGGCAAGAAAGUAGAGGCUGCUAUCCGCUUGAUGAUAACCCAUAUUGUAGGGAAUCUGACGCUUACUUGUCAAGGAAUACUAACUAGUUUCCUUCCAUGUUUCGAUAUUCCCUCCUACUCUACAUUGACUUCAAUGUCAUAUAUUCGACUCUUGCACCAAUUUCAGCCUACUGCAGUAAAUCAUCUUAAAAAUGGUCUGCACUGUAAUUUAUACUGUACUUUUGCAGUUUUUAAGAUACUGUAUUUGCAUUUAGCAUGUUAGGCACCUUGAGUAUUAUACUAAAUUAGGUAUGUUAAAGCUCUUAGAUAUAGGCACCUAAAUUAAUAAAAAUAUUUGGAAAAUUGUUCAGCAUUUUCAAAAAUUUUCAAUACAAUAUUUGUAUAUAGUAGUGUAGUUUUGAUUAUAUUUGUCCAUUUUGUGAUGUUGUUACUAAAUAUUAAUCGAAAUAAGACCCCAUUGAUUGCAAUAUUUGUAUAGUUGUAAGUGAAAUAAUCGUCGUUAUUCGUAUUAUUAUACUCUGUUGAAUUAAGGCCUAUAUGUAUUUUGAUCGCUAAAAUAAUCACUUUUUUUAGAAGUGUUUACAGUUUAAUAAAUAUUUCAUAUGUGUAUAGGUAGUUAUGUCAAAAUCGUGUGUACAAAUCUUGUUUGUACUAUAUUAAGAAAAAAAAUCUUUUCCGAAAAAUAUUCUGUCAUAGCAAAAAUUUGACCAGGAUCAUUUAAUAAAACAGAGAAAUUCUAAGUUUCAAAUCAAAUGUUCAUACUUAGAAACAAUACACUAUAGAAACAUUACGUCGCCCUCAUAUGAAGUAGUAUUAUUGAAACAUUCCUAAUAAGCAUUUGUAUAUUUAAGUCUAAGGCUGUGUAGUGCUCACCAUUUGUAGUAAUUGUAUUGCAGUAUUAGUUGCGUGAAAUGUGAUUAUAAUGUAAGGUUUUUGUAGGAAGACGCGAAGGGAGAAGUUAUGUGACCGCUUCUCUACACAUAUAUUCCUGGUUGUCCUCUGUGUAAUUAUAUUACUCUGUUAAGGGGAUUCCCUACGCCAAUGACCUUCAAUUUUGAUCCAUUGGUAUCAAGGAUUAUUUAUAUAGGAUUUACAAUCUUCAUACAGAAUCGUACCUCCAUUUUUAGCGCCAUCUAUUAAAUACUAUCAUAACUACACUGAUGAUACCUAAAAAUUUUUUUUUUCAAAAUGUGUAGAUAUUGACGUGAUAUCAUGAUAUUAAAAUCAUUUCAUUUGUUCUUAUAAAUAAUAGAAAGUCGCAAACAUAUUUGAGGAAAAUACGACUUUGGCCACUUCCAGGCUGCGAAACAGCGCCAUCUAGUUUUAAGCCUAAAAGGCCCCAUACAUUUCAGGGGUACGCUUUGUAUGGGCUUUGUCUGUCCCGUAUUAUAUGGUCCUUGAUUGGUAUUAUGAUAGUUUCUAAAGCAUAUUAUAUUAACAGCGUCGUCCUUGUCGUCCGUCGUCUAUUUUUUUAAUUUGGCAGAUACGAAUUCUAUCUGUAGUUUAAAUUUAGGAGAUAUAACUCAAAACUUGUCGAUAAUCGAUGUAAUCCACGGGUAGCCCCGAAACAACAGUAUAUAUAAUUAUGACUAGGAGGACUACAGCAGGAGCUCUUUAAUCCGAUGCGAUAAGCUAUAUUAUCACGCGACCGAGCUUCGCCCACUGGUUCUGCUUUUAUAAAUAGUGCCAUGUUUAUUCUGUAAAAAAUAUAGUUUGUAAUUUACAACAUGCUUCUUUACAGCGAUAGUUCUAAGGGUAUGUUAUUGGAUUUAUUAGUGUUGUACUUAAUGUUAUCUAGAACGCCAUGACUGUAUUAUACUAUAAGAAAUAUAAGACACUUUAAAAAUAUUGGUACUUACUCCAUUUAAAGAUUUAUAUGAUUAUUAUGUAUAGAUCUACGUUUAUGUAACCGUCGUCGCAAAAAAUGUUUAUUACUUUGGCAUAUUUAUACUUAACAUCAAUGUUAUAUGUAUCGAAAUAAAAAUUCGUAAUG